AUGACUACAACGGCUUCUUUUAACGACACAUUCAGGGUUUCUGAUAACGUUGCUAUCGUUGUACCUGAGACAGGUGUCCAAGUGACCUAUAGGGAUCUUUCUCAUAUGGUCGGUCACUUUCAAACCAUGUUUGAAGACCCAGAAUCGCCAUUAUACGAUGUUGUUGGAAGACAAAGUUCUAUUGCGAUCUCUAUGCGCAAUGGUCUAGAAUUUAUAGUUGCCUUUUUAGGUACUACCAUGGAUGCUAAAAUUGGUGCACCUUUGAAUUCUCAAUAUAAAUCUGAAGAAUUCGAUUUCUACUUGAAUGAUUUGAAAUCCAAGGUCAUCUGUGUUAGUAAAGGUACCGUUGCGAAUUCUACUAAAGCUGAGAUUGUGAAAUCUGCUAAAAAAUUUGAUUGUUUCAUUGCUGAGUUAUCAUUUAAUAAGGAAAGGUUCAGAGUAGAAUAUGACAUUUAUUCUCCAAAAGAUGGUUAUAAUAAAUUAGUCUACUCAUCUUUGAACAAUGCUAGAUUUGUUAAUCAUAAUGCGACUCAUUUCCCAGGUUUCGCCAGGUCUAGCGAUGUUGCGUUAAUUUUGCAUACAAGUGGUACUACUUCAAAGCCAAAAACAGUGCCCUUACUACACUUGAAUAUUGUUAGGAGUACAUUGAAUAUUUCAAAUACAUACAAGCUAACACCAAAAGAUCGUUCCUACGUAGUGAUGCCAUUGUUUCACGUCCAUGGUUUGAUUGGUGUAUUGUUAUCUACAUUCAGAACUCAAGGUUCGGUUGUUGUCCCAGAGAAAUUUAGUGCCAAGAGGUUUUGGGAUGAUUUUAUUACUUAUGAAUGUAAUUGGUUUAGUUGUGUUCCUACAAUCAGUAUGAUUAUGCUAAACAUGCCCAAACCUGAUAAGAUGCCAUUCAUCAGAUUUAUUAGAUCUUGCUCAUCUGCAUUAGCACCAGCCAUUUUUACCAAGCUUGAAAAAGAGUUCAAUGCACCAGUUUUAGAAGCUUAUGCAAUGACUGAAGCCUCACAUCAAAUGACAUCUAAUAACUUGCCUCCAGGUAAGAGAAAGCCGGGUACAGUAGGUCAACCACAGGGUGUUGAAGUAGUUAUCUUAAAUGAUGAAGACCAAAUAUUACCACAGGGAUCAAUAGGUGAGGUUUCUAUUAGAGGUGAAAAUGUUACAUUAGGAUAUGCGAAUAAUCCUAAAGCCAAUGAAGAGAAUUUCACAAGAAGAAAAAACUAUUUCCGUACAGGUGAUCAAGGGUUUUUUGAUCCAGAAGGAUUUUUAGUAUUAACAGGUAGAAUCAAAGAAUUAAUCAACAGAGGUGGUGAAAAAAUUUCGCCAGUUGAAUUGGAUAGUAUAAUGUUAUCGAAUUCCAAGAUCAACGAAGCUGUUGCAUUUGGAGUCUCUGAUGAAAAGUACGGACAGGUAGUACAAGCUGCAGUUGUGUUAAAACCUGGCAAUAAGAUGGAUUAUCAGGAAUUGAAAGAAUUUAUGUCCACAAAAGUUGCUAGUUUUAAGAUCCCAAUCAAAGUUUACUUUGUAGAUAAAUUACCAAAAACCGCCACUGGUAAAAUUCAAAGAAGAAUUAUAGCUGAAGCGUUUGCUGAGCCAAAGAAGGCUAAAUUGUAA